AUGGAGGAAUCACAAACCUCCUCAGACCUCCAGGCCAUGAUCACAGCAGCUGUGGCUGUAACUAUGGAAAAGGCCUCUUCUAAGUCGCUCCUGGCAGAUCUAGACACCCCUAAACCCUUCUCUAAACGGGUUCACUAUAGAGCGGACUCCGAAGACUCUGACUCCUCCAGAGAAUGCUCCCAUCGGCCUAAACGCCUUUGGAAGGGCGAGGCCGCUGCGCCACACAAAUCUAAGGGUAAAGACGCAGAACCCACACAUGCACUAGCUGUGCUGGAUGAAUGGCAGGUGGCGGUAAAAGACAAUCACCUCAAACAGAUUUAA